AUGUUUUUCAAAACUAUAGCUGCUACUGUGAAAAAAUUUCGCCCGGACCUCGCCACUAUGACAAAAGCAAAUAUUUUUCAAAUCACUACAGAUAUGGAACUUUUGAACCAGCAGUCACUAAAUGUCGGAUUCACUAACAUUAUUCACGGUGAUAGUGAAAAUUCCUACCACUCAUCUUCAGCAUCAUCUACAUGCAGUACUCCAUAUACUUUUACCCCUGCGGGCACUGACUCAGUAACUGGAAAAAGUCACAUAAUUAGUGAUGCGAUGAAGGGCAUUUUAGAUAAUGAAGAUUUGUAA